UGGCCAUCACGCGAAUCGAACACAUGUUUCCGGAGUUUUGAGUUGUUGCUAUUCUGGCAAGCCGGAAUAAGGACAAUAAGGUUAGAUUAGGGUACAGAGUGCAGUGAAAUAAAAAAAUCUUACUGUCUUUUAAACGAACGUUACAAUGAGUGAAAUAAAUAUCGAGGCGCUGAGCGACAAUAGUGUAAAGGAAGAACCGAAAGAAAAUCCUGUAAAAGAAGAGUCAUCACACGAAAAGGAGGAGUCAAAAGACAUUAUUGCGAAGGAUGAACCAAAAGAAAAUGCAGCAAAGGAAGAACCCAAAAAAAAUGCUGUAAACGGAGAGGACCUUUAUGCCUACUUGGAUCGCGAUGACUUUACAACAGAGAAGUUCAAGAUAGAAAUAAGAGGGUUGCCGAAACACUAUGGUAUUGGUGAAUUCAAGAAAUUUUUAAACGAGAAGCUGGAAUUAAAUGCUAAUAAAAUUAAACCACCAAAGAGAGGCAGUGGCUGGGCAUAUAUUUGCUUUCGCAGUGAGGAGAAUCGCGAGAAAGCAAUCAAAGUACUCAAUGGAAUCGAAUGGAAACAUGCAAGGCUAACAGCUCACGCUGCAAAUCCUGCACCAGAUCCUUACAUGAAGAGGAAACAGGAAAGAAGGGCAGAGUCUCGUAAGAAGGCCAGAAUAGAUAAUCCAGCUGAAUCUCUAUCACCUGAAGAGAGGAUAAAAAUAAAUACAACACCUCUAUUCAGUAUGCCAUACAAGGAACAGCUGGAGUUCAAACAAAAAGAAAUGAGAGAUGUUAUAAAUAGGUUGGGGCAAGAAAUGUCAAAGGUGAAUAAAGAUCUUGAAAAAUGGUAUAAUUCUCAAAAACAGAAACACAAUGGUUUACCUUGUGAGUUGGGAGAAAUUGUUCACACUGAUGUGACAGAAGGAUACAGAAAUAAAUGUGAAUUUACUAUUGGUUUGGAUGUAACAGGAAGCAAAAAAAUGAUUGGAUUUAGGCUGUCAAGUUAUGCAGCUGGAUCAAUAGCUGUAGGACCAAUUGAUGAUCUUUGCCACAUUCCUCAACAAAUGAAAACCGCCAUUAAAAUACUGGAAAAAUUUGUCUGUGAUUCAGAUUUAGAUACAUUUGAUCCAGUGACACAUAGUGGAUACUGGAAACAAGUUACUGCCAGAACAACGCGGAAAAACCACUUGAUGUUAGUAGUUGCAAUAAAUCCACAAAACAUGAGUGAUGAAGACAGAAAGAGUUUGAAGAAUGAAUUGAAAGAAUUUUUUGAGCAACACAAAGAAGCUAAUGUUACAUCUUUAUUCUUCCAAACGAUUGAGAAAAAAGGGGCUGGUGGAGAAGGUGGUGGUGUAAUAGAGCACAUCAGUGGAACCCAUUACAUAGAAGAAACUCUACUUGGAAUGACAUUUAGAAUAUCUCCUGAAGCCUUUUUCCAAAUCAACACCUUAGGUGCUGAAGCUUUGUACAAUACAGCUAUUGAGUUGGCAAAGCCUUUGACUGACACGGCUUUACUGGACGUUUGUUGCGGAACCGGCACUAUAGGACUUAGUUUUGCUAAACACUGUGACGAAGUACUUGGCAUUGAAAUGACUCCAAGUGCCAUCGAAAAUGCAAAAGUAAAUGCAAAGGAAAAUGAUGUAAAAAACUGCGAAUUCUUCGUUGGAAAAGCAGAAGACAUUUUGCUACCUGUAAUCAACAGGACAACCAAACCCAAUAUUGUCGCCAUCGUCGACCCACCGAGAGCCGGCUUACGUAAGACUUAUUCACAAUUAACGUUUACGUUAUUGUUAAAUAAACAUAUUCUCGGCUCAUUGAAAAUUAUGUUUGCAGAUCAAAAAGCGCUGGUAUCCCUGCGUAAGGCCAAAAAAUUGAAAAAACUAGUUUACAUCUCUUGCGAUCCCAAAGCGGCGAUAAGAAAUCUAGUCGAUUUAGCCAGACCCAAUUCAAAGCAAUAUUUUGGCGAGCCGCUAGUACCUGUAAAAGCAGUUCCCGUCGACAUGUUUCCUCAUACAAAGCACUGUGAACUGGUUUUGUAUCUCGAGAGGUUUUCUCUUCUAAAAGAAUCGAGCAACGAAACGUGAUAUGCAGGAUGUAUAUAGUGUGUUAUAUAUACCAAUAAAUUUUUUAUCCGUCUCGAUAUAAAACGAAGAAAA